AUGUACUACUUAACAACGAUGGCUGAAGAAAUAAGCAGCAAAGCGUACCCCCUGGCAGAUCAGACACUGACGAAGCAGAUUUUGGAACUUGUACAGCAAGCUUCCAAUUAUAAGCAGCUGAAAAGAGGGGCCAAUGAAGCCACUACAACACUGAAUCGAGGACAGGCAGAAUUUAUUGUUUUAACAGCAGAUGCGGAGCCAAUUGAAAUUCUCUUGCACCUGCCCCUGUUAUGCGAGGACAAAAACGUACCGUAUAUUUUCGUUCGAUCAAAACAAUGGGGUAGAAAGUCAGUCAGUCAGUCUGUGUCACGUCCUGUAAUUGCCUGCUCAGUCAUACAGAAGGAAGGGUCUCAGCUGAGAAAUCAGAGACAGUCAAUUCAGCGCAACAUUGAGCGCUUGCUUAUUUAA